AUGAUGAGGGUGAUCAUUCGUAUAAUGUUAGAACAAAAUGGAAAAAAAACUAACCUAACUUGGUAUUUUCCUCAAGCCACACCGCCAUACGUUGCUGCUGCUGAAAAGGCAUUUAAUGUUUGGCAACAAAAUUCCAAAUUUACAUUUAAACGAGUAACGAUUCCUGUGCCUUCGCCUGACAUAACUAUUACUAUUGUUAAUGAAAAACAUCAAUUUCGAGCUAAUUUUCAAGGUAAUCGAUAUUGUGACUUUAAUUUUGAUGGUCCCGUUAAGGUGUUAGCUCAUGCUUAUUUUCCCUCUGAAGAUGGAUGUAUUGAAAUUCAUUUUGAUCGUAAUGAACGAUGGAAUCCAAACAUCGAUGGAAUUGUACAAGACACUGAAACUAGCUUCUUUAUGGUAUUAGCACACGAAUUCGACCACACCUUAGGAAUUGGUCAUAGCGACGUUCCAACUGCAAUAAUGUAUCCGUGGUUUCAGAAAAAUUUUUUAAUAUUACAUUCUGAAUACGUCAAAGAUUAUCUUCCACAGAAGAUUCCAUUCGAACCAAUAUCACACAUUUUUAAAAAUUCUGCAGGCAAUUUGUUUGCAUUUAAUAAACUUACCGGCGAUUGUUAUACGACAUCUUUCCCAGAUUUGACUAUAUUGGAAAUAAACAAAGUACCCAUACCAACUAAUUCGAAAGUCGAUGUUAUUUUUCAAACAAAUAGUGGUCAAAUUUUUGUGUUUUAUGAUGAAGCAUAUUACAUCGAAUUCAAUGAUGGAUUUAAGAAAAUUUUGAAUAGAGGUAGAGUUAGCGAUCGUUUUUUGGGGCUUCCGAAAAAUCCUACUGCUGCAUUCCGUUAUAUCGAUGGAUACAUUUACUUUUUCACUCAAGACACAACCAACACCACCACCUCCACCACCUACUACAAAUUCAGUGAAUAUUCGAGAAGUGUUGUAUCAUCUGGACCAUUUGAUUGGAAUCUUUUUUACAUCUGA